AUGUUCGAAGAAGACCCCCAAUGGGGCCCAGGAAGCCCUAAUCCCUUUGUGGAGGAGUUGCACCAGAAGCUAUUUGGAGGUACAGGCAUAGAUGCACCGUUUUCAAGCAAGAAGAAGGAGAAACGUAAGCGGAAACGCAAUGAAACAGACUCCACAGAAGAUGAAUCGUGUAAGAGAGAACGCAGGGAAACGAGUGCGGGCGUUAGUGGCGUGUUAGACGAAGCCAGAGCACAAGAGCAGAGCCCAUCACAGAAGAAACUGAGAAAGUCUAUAUCGUUUCAAGGACAUAACGGGGCACACAGCAGCAAACAGGCAGACUCAAGCCCUUCUCCGCAAUAUUCACUAAGAAAGCCUAAGAACUCGAAGCUCUACUCAAAGUUGUCCACCCAGUUGGAGGGGUCUAGGUUUCGAAUGAUCAACCAGCAACUGUACACCACAACAGGGGAAGAUGCAAAACUCGUGUUUGACGAAGACCCAGAACUUUUCGAUGUUUAUCACAGAGGCUUUGCAGCUCAGGUGGCCAAAUGGCCUGAAAACCCAAUCGACCGGGUUAUAGCUCGUGUUCAAACUCUUCCUGAAGAUACUGUAGUGUGUGACUUUGGAUGUGGAGAGGCAAAACUUGCCGAGAGCGUCAAGCAAAGAGUGCACUCCUUUGAUUUAGUUGCAAUCAAUGAGCGGGUGACGGCAUGCGACAUGGCUCAUGUACCACUCAAAAGACAUACAGUGGAUGUCUGUGUGUUUUGUCUUUCGCUGAUGGGUACUAACGUAUCAGACUUCAUCAGAGAGGCCAGACGUGUUGUGAGAAAGGGAGGAGAGAUGAGAAUAUACGAAGUCUCCAGUAGAUUUCCCUCGUUUGAUGUGUUUGUGAAGAACGUGGAAGCCUUUGGAUUCAAGCUGGUGUUCCGGGAAGAGUUUAGCAAGAUGUUUGUGGAGUUUGUGUUCACAGCAGUGACCAAGCAGGCUGGCUCAGAUACUGAUCUGCCACUGAUUUCUCUCAAACCUUGUGUGUACAAAAGACGAUAG